AAGGCCUUUACUGUGGAGCGGGUGCCUGUGGAGUCGUUCGCGAGCUAGACAUGCGGUUUGUUGAGGUUACUUUCUGCUGGAAAAGAUAUAUUGUUGAUUUAUCGAGCAUCGUUGGAAGCGGGCAAAUUGUUAGGACGUGUUCGAUAAGAGAUCAUACGGUAAUAGCAAAAGUGCAAUAACACCGAUGCCUAAUCGAGAUUAUUUUUAGCGUCGGAGGUUAUUCGCCGAGUAGUUUAAAACGGUGAGCAAGAGGCUCUCCUUCGUUAUUAGCGAUAAAAGCUGUAUUGGAAGACGGAAUAAAUAUUAAUCAAGAUGUCUAAGCGUCCAGAACGUACGGCGCCGCCCGAGGUGUAUUACGAUAAAACGGAAGCGACGAAAUAUACGCAGAGCUCUCGUAUGAUAGAAAUUCAAGUGCAGAUGUGCGAACGUGCUAUAGAACUUCUUGUGCUACCCGAGGAUCAGAGCUGCUUGCUUUUGGAUAUCGGUUGCGGAUCAGGCCUCAGUGGCAGCGUAUUGGAAGAUCAGGGACAUGUAUGGAUGGGCAUGGACAUUUCUCCAGCUAUGCUUGAGGUAGCUGCUGAGAGAGAAACAGACGGUGACUUACUAUUGGGAGAUAUAGGUCAGGGAUUGCCAUUUCGGGCUGGUACUUUUGAUGGGGCCGUUAGUAUUUCUGCCCUUCAGUGGCUGUGCUAUGCGAACAAAGCUUCGCACUAUCCCACGAAACGCUUGUAUUGUUUCUUCUCGGCGUUGUACGCGUGCCUGUCGAGAAGCGCGAGGGCAGUGUUACAAUUCUAUCCGGAGAACAGCGAACAGGUUGAAUUGAUCACAGCACAGGCCACGAAAGCCGGCUUUUUCGGCGGUGUGGUGGUCGAUUUUCCAAACAGCACGAAGGCAAAGAAAAUGUUCUUGGUUUUAAUGACCGGCGGAGCGGCUCCGCUUCCGAAGGCACUGGGCGUAGAGAACGAAGAUAAACGAACUGCCGCCAAUUCAAGAAGGGAGUACACAAAGAAAGCGAGGGGCAAACCCUUGAAGAAAAGUAGGGACUGGAUUUUAGAGAAGAAAGAAAGGCGACGACGGCAAGGAAAGGAGGUCAGAGAAAAUUCCAAGUUUACCGGACGAAAGAGAUCUGGACGAUUCUGAAGUGUACAUAACAUAAAACACUAUUUUUAUAAUUUGAUAUAAUAAAUUAGUAAAAUUUGCAGAAUCUAAUAAA